UCCGCAUUGCUGCAAUAAGCAGAAAUCAUGCACCCCAGCUGCUGCAACUUGAAGUAGUAGGCUGAGGAGGGGAUCUGCUUCUCUUCACAGCAGCACGUCUCCUGCUCCAGCCAUCAAAACAAAAAAAAAGGGCCCAGUAGAAGCGAUCAGGAGUGGGGAUAUAGUCUUCGGAGUCCAUGGCGGUCGUCAGGAGGGAAGCCACUGGCAUGGCUAGAUUGGCAGGAUUAGCCAUAGGAUGUCUUGGAAUAAUUCUCCUUGGUUUUGUCAUUCAGUCCCUUGCAGUCCAUACAAGUAAGAGCAAGUCCAUACGGAAGACGGCUGCGGCCACUCAGAACGUCGGAACAGAAACUGACAUCGUUAGCAGGCAUCUCGGAGAUUACGAGCAUGACGGCAACAAUUCUGGAGAAGGGAACUUUAAGGACGGCAACAAGUAUGGCGAAGAAGGGAAGUAUGAGGACGACAACAAGUAUAACAAGUAUGGCCAGGGGAACUUCAAGGACGGGAACAAGGACGGGAACAAGGACGGGAACAAGGACGGGAGCAAGGACGGGAACAAGGACGGGAACAAGGAUGGGAACAAGGACGGGAACAAGGACGGGAACAAGGACGGGAACAAGGAUGGGAACAAGUAUGGUGAGCAAGGGAAGUAUGAGGAUGACAACAAGUAUGACCAAGGGAACUUCAAGGACGUGAACAGUACCAUGAACAAGGGAAGACGGAAACAAGGAUCCGGAAGCAAGGAUGGGAACAAGGAUGGGAACAAAGACAGCGAACAAGGGAAGUACGACAACAAGUACGACCAAGGGAACUCCAAGGACGGGAACAAAGAUGGGAACAAGGAUGGGAACAAGCACGGCAAACAAGGGAAGUACGAGGACGGCAACAAGCAUGGCCACGAUAACUUCAAGGACGGGAACAAGUAUGGUGAACAAGGGAAGUACGAGGACAACAACAAGUAUGGCCAAGGGAACUUCAAGGACGGGAACAAGGACGGGAACAAGGACGGGAACAAGGAUGGGAACAAGGAUGGGAACAACGACGAGAACAAGGACGGGAACAAGUACGGUGAACAAGGGAAGUAUGAGGACGACAACAAGUAUGGCCAAGGGAACUUCAAGGAUGUGAACAAGUACCACGAACGAGGGAAGUACGAGGACGACAUUAAGUAUGGCCAAGGGAACUUCAAGGACGGGAACAAGGAUGGGAACAAGGACAGGAACAAGGAUGGUGAACAAGGGAAGUAUAAGGACGGGAACAAGUACGACGAACAAGGGAAGUACGAGGACAGCAACAAGUAUGGCCAAGUGAACUUCAAGGACAGGAACAAGGAGGGCGAACAGGGGAAGUACGAGGACGGCAACAAGCAUGGCCAACAAAACUUCAAGGACGGGAACAACUAUGGCGAACAAGGGAAGUACAAGGACGACAACAAGUAUGGCCAAGGGAACUUCAAGGAGGAGAACAAGGACGGGAACAAGGACGGGAACAGGGACGGGAACAAGUACGGUGAACAAGGGAAGUACGAGGACGGCAACAAGUAUGGCCAAGGGAACUUCAAGGACGCGAACAAGUACCACGAACAAGGGAAGUACGAGGACGACAACACGUAUGGCCAAGGGAACUUCAAGGAUGUGAACAAGUACCACGAACAAGGGAAGUACGAGGACGGCAAGAAGUAUGGCCAAGGGAACUUCAAGGACGGGAACAAGGAUGGGAACAAGUACGACGAACAACGGAAGUACGAGGACGGGAACAAGUAUGACGAACAAGAGAAGUACGAGGACAGCAACAAGCAUGGCCAAGGGAACUUCAAGGGCGGGGACAAGGACGGGAACAAGGACGAGAACAAGGACGGGAACAAUGACGGGAACAAGGACGGGAACAAGGACAGCGAACAAGGGAAGCACGAGGACGACAACGAAUAUGGCCAAGGGAACCUCAAGGAAGGGAACAAGUAUGGCAAACAAGGGAGAUACGAGGAUGGCAACGAGUAUGGCCAAGGGAACUUCAAGGACGGGGACAAGUACGGCAAACAAGGGAUGUACGAGGACGGCAACAAGUAUGGCCGAGGGAACUUCAUGGAUGGGAAAAAGUAUGGCGAAGGGAAGUACGAGGACGGCAAUAAGUAUGGGCAAGGGAACUUCAAGGAUGGGAACAAGUAUGGUGAAGAAGGGAAGUACGAGGAUGGCUACAAGUAUGGCCAAGGAAACUUCAAGGACGGGAACAAGUAUGGCGAAGGGGGGUAUGAGGACGGCAAUAAGUAUGACCAAGGGAAGUAUGAGGACGGGAAGAAAUACGGUGAACAAGGGAAGUACGAGGACAAGUAUGGCAAUAAGUAUGGCAAUAAGUAUGACAACAAGUACGACAAUGAAUACGACAACAAGUACGACAACAAGUAUGACAACGAGUAUUAUAACAAAUACUAUGAGAAUAAGUAUGGCAACAAAGGGAAGAGGUACGACAACCGAGACAUGGAUGUGGUCAUAGACUAUGAUGAGGACAAUAUGAAGUAUGACAACAAGUUUUAUGAUGGCAAUUUCAAAGGACAGAAGCACGAAGUGAAGUACAUGGAGGAGUAUGGUAUGAAGUACAACCGUUACGAUAGGAAGGGGUAUGGCGAGAAAAAGUAUGGCUACAAAAAUUAUAACAAGAAAUAUUAUGGGAAGAAGAAGCAAAGCAAGAAGUAUCAUAAGUACAACGACAAGUAUGGUAACAAGUACAGCGGCAAGUACGGGAAGAAGGGUUAUUAUUAGAGGGACUAGGGCAAGAAGGAUGAG